GCCAACCCAUCACAUCAUCAUCAUCAUACAUCGCGGCUUUUAUAAGUAAACAAAUCGACUCUUAUGUAUUUCUCCCGACACAACACAAAGUUCAUAUAAUAAGAAAAACAGAGAGAAACACACAGAGAGCUAGAGGAGAGUGAGUGUCAUGGGUUGUGUUCGCUGCAAAUCAUCAGAUCCAUGGCAAACAUCUGCCAAUGCCUUUGAAUCCGUCGAUGAAUCCGGAAUCAACGAAGCCUGGGUUGAGAUCUCCAGCCGCAGAUCAUUUGUCGCCGGCGAAGGUAGUCGGAAGAAGCUAGAGAGGAAGAAGAGCCAAGUGUUACUGGAAGGUUACGUUGAGACUGCUUCUUCUUCCUCGGUGGAUGAUCAAAAGGACGAUCUGACGAGAUCCAAGAGUUUGACGGAUGACGACCUCGAAGAUCUUAGAGGUUGUUUAGAUCUAGGGUUUGGUUUUAGCUACGACGAGAUCCCUGAGCUCUGCAACACUUUACCUGCUUUGGAGCUUUGCUAUUCAAUGAGCCAGAAGUUCUUAGACGAUAAGCAAAAUAAAUCACCGGAAACUUCGUCGGUGGAAGAUUGUCCGUCGCCUCCACUGGUCACCGCCACUCCGAUUGCCAAUUGGAAGAUCUCUAGUCCCGGUGAUAAUCCGGAUGAUGUGAAAGCUAGGCUCAAAUACUGGGCACAAGCCGUUGCCUGUACUGUCCAAUUGUGCAGCUGAAUGAAUCAUUGUCACGUCUGAACCAGGAAUACUAGCGAAUGAGCAAUAUCUCAAGCAUUGGUAGCGGAGGAGGAGAUUUCAGAAAGUGGCAUUGGAAGGUCUAAAAUUGAACUGAAUAUCAACAAUGGUUCUCACUUAAUUCCAUGUAUGUGUACUAGUAGUUAGUAGUAUCUAGUCUAAUGAUUUUAUGAACGGAAAUAAAAGAUAUCACUUGAAUAAAACCAUCAAAUUCUUUCUCAUUUCCCUGCUGGUCUCAGCAUCUACAGCUUUAACAUCUGACAUCUUAAUAGCUCGAUUCUUCUCCUUAUGCAGUAGUGAGAGCAUUCACUUCACUUAACUGGUCAUGAUUCCGCUGAGGUAACUAAUCUAACUGUGUCUAUUAAGUAUUAACGGAGUGUGAUGCAAUUAUACCAUUCUGUGAACGGAUUAUGUGUUAAGCUACUGUGUAAAGCUUAUUACAUGUGAGAUAUGAAAGCUGGAGAUUGUUGUCCUUGUGCAGUGCUGAGAGACUUUGUGUUUAUGAGAGCUAUCACUAACUGGUUAUGGACCUCCACUUGCUGAGGUAACUAAUCUUAACUUGGUAACUAAAUCUACAACCCUCUUUAUGAAGGUACUGACAUUACUACUGUCCUCUGACAGUCUUUAACUCAUUCCAUUUUUGUGAGUGUGUGUUGAAUCUACAAACCUUGUGGCUAGAUAACCUAAUUUGGUGAUGCUCCUUAAUCAUUUCAUGAAGAAUCGAGUGGGACGAAGAGAAAGAUGAUAGACGCCAAAUAUUAUGUGUUUCCAUCUUUUUCGUUCUUCAUCAACUAAAAGAUGAUGGCUGAUUACAGUCCUAGAUGCUCUAUAUGGCGACUGAAGAUGAGUUAUUUUCUGGAAUUUAAGAGUGAGUGUAAAUAUAAGCUUAAACAGUUUCUGGUGACUGUUCUGUAAUACAUGUUAACGACUCCACUCAACAAUAAGUCUUGAGAGAACCUAAUCAAUGAAAUUCUGAACAUCAAACUCGUGACAUUUAAGAGUUGUUGCUCUAAAAUGUAUGAUUUUUUAUAUACUCGCGCAAUUCCAAGCC